UACUAUUCUUUUUUUUUUUUUUUUUUUUUUUUCUUUCUGGGGGGGUGUUUUUUCAUUCCCGUGUUCUUGUUGGUAAUCUUGAUGAGCGAUUCAUUCCCCCAUCGGUGCUCUCAGGAGGGUCGGCUCCAGCUCCCCAAUGUGCUGCGGAGGAUCUGAAGUCAUGGAGGGGGGGGGGCUCUGAACACACCGACCUGCUGUAAUUAAGAACCGACCGCUUUAUGAUCGCUUUAGUUACAAAGUUAUAAGCUCAACAGGAAAACUCUCCCUUUGUUCCGCUCAAUCAUUUGAUUUUAACGACCGAACUGCUUAUUCGAGGAUUAUUACUAUCUUUUUCUUCUUCUUCUAGCAAUUCCUGGGCUGUAAAGCUUAUUGCACAACUUUUCUCGGCUCGGCGUCUUAUCCGCGAGCAUGACUCCAAACUCUGCGGCGGCAACCUGUGUCCUAGCCUUUGAAGUUCAAGCCGUGACUCACCAGCGUUUUUGGUGGAUUUAUCCAGAAAACGAGGCGCCCACGAGCCGGGCUCGCUUUCUCUGACACUUUCUACCCAGCACUAUGACUGGAUUUCACGUCUUCUAAGAGCCUAAGUUGAACCCAGCAUGAGAGAGGAUCCGAUCCAUCGGCGAGAGGAAAACAAGCUGGUCGCUGUGAUGCAGAAAUCAGGCUUCAGGUUCCUUCAUGCUGCUGUGGAGUUCCCCCUCCGAUCAUCAACACUGGAUGCAGGUUCAUUUAGAUUCUCCUCAAUAAGUGUUUGAAUUCUAACCCAGAUGUUGAGUUCUGGUGGAAGACCUUCAUCGUUAACAGCUUGGAUUAUAGCUCCUUUCUUCUGCAGGUAGAUUACUAAACUAGAAAGAGAAGAAGUGGGACCUGUUCCAGUAGGCUAGGUUGAUAUUUCUCACCCAAGUCCACCAUGUGCGGCCGGGCCCCGCCGCUCCAACCGAGGCCAUGACCGUCCCUCUGCGGCCCCUGGCCGGGCUCUGGCCGUGGCUUCUCAUGGCGGCCCUGCAGGUGGUGUUGGGCCAGCCGAGCCUGGAGUCCGAGCGCUCGGGCCUCCGAGCGGUCAUCAAGGUGACCCUGGUGAAGGAGCCCAAGGGAGAGCCCAUCGUUCUGAAAGGGGAGUUCGUGGGAGGAAGUGCAGGAAAGGCGCAAGGAAAACUCAUGCAGUAUCACCCUCUGUCUCUCUGCAACACGAGCGACGAUGAGCGACAAGACAGCGCCUUCAUCACCAUCGUCAAAUUGGAGCACAGAGUCCCCCGCUGCUCCCUGCUGCCGGAGAAGGCUCGCAUAGCGCUGGAAAAGGGAGCCCAGGCUGUUAUCUUCGACGUCAGCGAUGACGCCAAUGCGCCUUCUGAGCUGAAGGAUACAGACUCCCUCCCCCGCCCCGUGGUGCUGAUUAAGGGAAGGGAUGCUGAGGACCUGAUGAACCUGGUGAACAAGAACGAGGAAGCCACAGUUAACAUUGAAACCGAGGUGGAGCCCAAAUGGCCACAUUAUGAUGUGAGCAUCCUGCUCACCAUCGUCCUGGUUAUUCUCACCAUCGUCCUCAUCUUUGCUUUCCGCUACAAGUGCAGGUCCAACAGAACCUGGGACUCCGUCCAUCAGCAGACCAUGCGGGCCAUUAGUCGACUGGAGACCAGAACCUACCGCUCCCAGAGCUGCUCGGGCUCACAGCGCCCCCGUGGGGCCUGGGGUUCAGCCAGCAGUUCUAACUCCAGCCCUGUCUGCGCUAUCUGCCUGGAGGAGUUCCAGGAUGGCCAGAACCUGAGGAUCAUCUCCUGCCAUCACGAGUUCCACAGAGACUGUGUGGACCCCUGGCUGAUGCAGCACCGCACCUGUCCACUGUGCAUGCACAACAUCAUGGGUACAGAGAGGCAGGCUCAGAGGACCAGAAACCAGCAGAGUUCAGAGCAAAGCCAGAGCUUCCUGCAUUCUCAGCCUUACAGUAGCCCCCACAACCAUCCCUUUCCCCAGCACGCCAUCCCCUUCUCUAUGAGACCCCACUACCCCCGUGGGCCGUCGGGACCCUAUCCCAACCUGGGCCACUACAGCGGCUCUUCUCCCAUUGACACUCAGACUCUACAUUUCCUCAGCAGUCGGCAGCUGGGUGGUGGCUGUGGAUACCACCUUCCUGUGGAUGUUCCUGUAAGGCCUCACAGGAUCGGAGCCAACUGCAGGACCUCCUCCCAUCACUAUCCCUCUCGUCGGUCCUGCCACAACUACCGCUCCUCCUGUCUGGCCCAGCGAAACGCCGCCGGCUCUAGGCAGCAGCACGGCGUCUCGGUCCCGCCGCAGAGCCGGGGAGGAGCGGCCCACAGCCGACCGGACGACGGGAGCUGCUCUGGAGGCAGCUACCACACAGAGCGCAGCGGGUACUUGGCGGAUGGGCCAGCGAGUGACUCCAGUUCGGGGCCCUGGCAUGGCUCCUCCAGUGACUCAGUUCUCAACUGUACGGACGUGUCCCUGCAGGGAGUUUAUGGCAGCUGGUCCACUUUCCGCAGCUCUCUGAGCAGUGACUAUGACCCAUUAGGGUAUUUUGGGGCGGGGGCAGGGCAGGUCCCCCGCAGAAAUAGUCUGGAGGCCGGGGCACAGAAUCGGCCCAAGUCUCUGGAUUCUGUUGUGAAUAAAGCAGGCUGUCCGGAGGAACAACCUCAGACUGUUUUCAGCCACAUUCACUACCACCGCCACAGACACCACCACUAUGAGGAGGGGGAGCACAGCCAGGGGGUGAGCAGAGGCUCAGAUGAGGAGCAGGGGGCUGCUGCAGCUGCUGCAGCUGCUCCCCCUGCUCCUGUGCAGAAUAAAGACUCCCCAAAACACAGCCCCUGCCACUGCCCCAAACCAGAGCCCACUGACCGGCCCAGCCCGGGGACAGAGCGACAGGACCACAACCAAACCGGACCUCCUGUCAUAGUCCCCUCAGUCCCGCUACAGCUCCAAUCCCACUGCUGCCACCAGGGACACGGACACCACACCGCUCCUCUGGGCCGAGUGGGAGGCUGUCUGCUCGACGGACCCUCAGUUCACUUUCACCAGAGUCUGGACCUGCAGGACGACCACAGCAUCCACAUCCACUACGGUCAGAGCCCGGGCUUCUGCUGCUCUCCCCCCGAGCUGCACCCGGCGUUACUCCCUGUGCCUCUCAUCUUGGACUCGGCAGGAAUAGAGGAGUGGCCUUGCUGCUCGGGGGCCCAUGUGGUGUGGCAGAGACAGGUCCAGCAGGCUCACUCAGAGCCUCAGCUCAUGGGACCAGGAACCUCAAUGGACAGGCCCCCCUGCAGGGUCCAUCAGGGACCCUCUGCUGAGCGCAGCACAGAUGUUUGUUUAUACUGCCAAUCACUACAGCACAAUCAGGGAUCAGAAGAGGAGUCUGGGGUGUGAGACUUUUUCUCAUCCCUAUCGCUGCCCAAGGAGCCACAACGGAAAAAGUUCUUCCUAAAUGUCACCAAUAAUGCCUUUAAUUCAAGCAAUUUCCCAGCUGCCUUUUCAGGAGGAUUCCCAUCUUCAAAUAAUGAUAUAUCUUGCUUUUGAAAAUAAUUACAAAAUAUUUGAUAUAUGUUUUAGUUUCCCAAUCAACAACCAAUGGUCCUGCUUUGGGCGUAGAGCCCACAUGAAGUGAGACUGCAUCACCUACUCUUUUUCUCGUUUUUUAUUUUAUACAGUGUAACUUGAUUUCUUGUAGAGGUACUUCCCAUUCAUCUAAGCAGUCUUUGCCUUCCCGCCCGCUCGCAGCUCAGAAAAGCUUUUCUCUCCAUCCUACCUCAGCUCAGAUUUCUUAAAAAGCCUCACACAGGGGGUCUCUAAAGGUACUGCUGUAGUAUUUUGAUGUAUUGAUGUAGCUUCCACAAACUCAACCAAUAGUUCCCUUUUUGGCCGUCUGGAUUGUUCAAAAACGGAGAGAAAGCUUUUCAUGCUCAGCCCCUAAAACCAACGACGAGCAUUGGCCGAGGGUCGCUCAGCCUGGCACGGGCCUCAAUCUUUCAUUAUUUCAGUAAUGGCAGCUGUUUUGGUCUCUUUUUUUUCUAUUUUUGUUGUUUGCAAGGUUUUUAUCUCUUUAAAACCAGCCGGUUUGACUGAAUUAUGUGAUGGUCAUUACAAGCUAUUGUCAUGUUUUUUUUUAUCAUUUCUCGUGCUUGUGGUUACUUCAAUGCUGCUCAAAGAAAGGCUUCAUCGGACGGAGAGUAAUCACAUCCUCUGAUUUUUUUAAAUCUUUUUAAUUCAACCUGACUUUAUACUUUUCAUUGCCAAGAUUACGAUUUCCUCUCGUCUUCCUGUAAAACAAAACAUAGCUGCUUGUAGUAUAACUGCAGUAAAGCCAUGUAACGGUACCUGGUAAAAGUAUUCACCUUGUUGACAUUUCCAGAUGUUCAAACCACAAAUUGUCAUAUUAGGAUUUUUUUUUUUUUUUUGAUAAACCAAUACAAAAAAAGCAAUACUGUGAAGUUUAAGGAAACAUGGUUGAAGGAUGAGUAUUUUAAAAAGGUGUGUGCAUUCAGCCCUGAAGUCAAACAGAGUCAAGAACAUUUAAAGUCGGUUACAAAAUCACUUAGUUUUAUAAAGGUCGUAUAUCCACUCUAAUGGGGAUGAUUAGAAAGACGGUUGUUAAGCCAGCCCUGUUUAAGUUUUACCCCAAUUUGCUUAAUUUGAGAAACGAUGAAGAAUUUUUAAGGUCAAAAUACAGCAUGGUGGGUAUUAAAGCUCUGAUGCUAACUUAAGAGCUUUGGAUCCGUUGCUGAAUGAGUCAUGUGACCAAGAGAGCCGCUUUAUAACACUUGGAGCUAAACUUAAACACUAGAGCUAACCUAACAUGCCUCUACUGGCCCAGGGAGGCAAAUUGAGGAACACUAUGGCUGUGUCCGAUUGUCCGCCCUAACCACUGCAUAGGGGACUAUAGAGUGUCCGAAUAUCUAGUGGAUGAUAAAGUAGUAGACUCAAAAUUUCCCACAAUGCACCUUGAAAAGUAGGGAUCAUCCAUGAUCACUAGACGAGGUGAUAUAACUUGGAAUUCUUUGUGAGGAGAGCUCUCCUCGCAAAGCAUCAUGGGAUUUGUUGUCCCACUGUCGCCCAUGGCUGUUGCUACCCGACAGCGGCGACAAAUAAUAUAGAUGGGGCGUGCGGGGAGGCGGAGUUACAUGACCAAUUGGGAGCGAAAAGUAGUGACCAUCUGUCCGCAGUUCACUAUACAGUCCACUAUAUAGUAUAGUGAUUGAGGGAUCUAGGGGUUAGGGCGAACGUUCGGGCACAGCUUAUGUCUGAGGAAACCAAAAAAGAAAAGCGAGACAGUGAUCGACCUUGAAGACAAAACAAGAGUUAAUCUAGCUAAAAAAAUGUAGGUCUUUGGUGCUGGAUAAAAGGGGAGUUAGGAUGUUAGACUGGUAAAUUAGCUUUUUAUCUACUGCAUAUGUCAGAGUGUAUUUUUCCGUUUUGGAGGAGCUAAAUGCUAAGCUAGCAGGCUACACAACAGUAUGAAAAAAAAAAAAAAAACAGACAUGACCUUUAUGUGAUCAGAUAUAUGGUUUGGUUCUCUGAUGUAGGAUUUAAUCAAAAGCGGUGAACUCAGCCUUGUCUUUAACAGUAACUCCAUAACUUCUGCUGGUCCAAAAUGGGCUGAAACCAGAUUCCAAAUCACAGAGACGAUGGUUAUUUCUUUAGCAGUGCACUGUUGCCAGUUUUCUUUUAGAGAUUUGAACCUCAAAGUUCCAGGUUUAGCGCACCCUAGUGGCUGAACGUUUUAUAAAGCUGCUUUAAGAAAAGCAUGGCUGAAUUCGAAUUCAGGGGCUGCGUCCUCCAAAGGCCCGAUUCGUAGGCCGAUUAUGUCACAGCGCGGCGCCGAGGCCUGCUUGGAUUCCUAGACUCCUUGUUAUGCGGCCGACAAAUGUAGCCUUCUUUUCGCCUUAUCUAAAGGACCGGUCCGGUGUAUCCUACGUAGCCUUGGAUAUCCCAUGAUUCAUUGCGAGUCCAAGCAAGCUGGUUGUUCCGUGAUCAGAGGAAAAAGAUACUUUGAGCCGAAUGGUGGUGAAUAUUGGAAGUGCAGUUUAAUAUAAUACAAG